GUUUCAAUCUCGUAAUAUUUUGUUGUAGUUGGCAUGGAUCGUAGGAUGAAGCCAGUGUAUCUAAGGCAAAUUAGCAUAGAAGGAACGCCGAGGACACCAUCAUCACCAUCCAUGUCCCCACUGCGUAUGCACCAUGCUCGGUCAGGAUCAGCUGGGGUGGGUAGCAACAUGAAGAAAGUACAAACUAAGGCUGCGGCGCAGAGGCUUGCGCAGGUGAUGUCACACCAGACAGGUGAUGAUGAUGAUGAUGAUGAAGACGAUGAUCUUUCGUAUGAUUAUCAAGCAAGCGGCAUUGGAAGCAUUGGACUUGCUGGUGGAAGGAGAAUGCAGCCUCGGUCGCCAAUGACCAAAUCUGCAGCUCAAGUUCGUGUGCCGGCAAAGACAUACCGACCAGUUGAUGAGGACUUGCAGACCAAACCUGCAGCUCAAGUUCGUGUUCCGGCAAAGACAUACCGACCAGUUGAUGAGGUCCUGCAGACCAAACCUGCAGCUCAAGUUCGUGUGCCGGGAAAGACAUAUCAACCAGUGGAUGAGGACAGUGAUAAUGACGAGCUUAUACAUGAUUAUGGCUCCAGGGCUAGUGGGUUGACCAUCGGACGUGCUGGUGGGAAGUCAAUGCGAUCACAGUCUCCUGCGGUAGUUCGUACCGGCCGAUCUGGACAACCUUCAUCUACACAGUCAACAACCAGUAGUCGAUCGCCUUUAUCUGUCAAUGCAGUGGAACAACCAUCAUCAGCACAAGUGUCUUUAGCAGCCCCGGCAUCCCAGCCCACAUACUCUGUAGAACAACCGGUAUCUGCCCGUUCCAGAAUGGUGGGACGACCAUCCUUCAAUUCCAUGGACCAACCUCUAUCUCUUCGUUCUGGUCGAUCAUCUACUAACUCUGUAGAACAACCUCCAUCUGCUCGUUCUACUUCAGCUACCAGCCUCGGCAUCAAGACAGUUCCCAUACCCUCUAGUGUAACUAUAUCACUAAGGCCUGUCUCUCCUAUGGCUUCAUCAGAUCACCCGAAGGAUAGAAGGCUGUCAUUAGACUGGGGAAGUAUGAACUUAAGAGAUUCUGGCAUUCAGCAUUCAACUUCUGCUUUACAAGAUGAGAUUGACAUGCUACAGGAAGAAAAUGAAAGUUUAAUUGACAAGCUUCGGCUUGCGGCGGAGAAGUAUGAAGAGGCAGAGGCAAGAGCUCGGCAGCUCGAGAGACAGGUUGCUACUCUAGGUGAAGGUGUAACCUUAGAAGCCAAACUUUUAAGCAGAAAGGAAGCAGCUCUGCUACAAAGGGAGGCUGCUUUGAAAGUAGCAGAACAAACUAGUAAACCUGAAGAGGCCCUUCGGCUGGAAGCUGAGGUUGCUAAGGAUGAGGCCGCAUCUGCGAUUGAGCAACUCCUUGAAGUUCAGUCUGAAGCUAAGUCACUUCAAAAUAUGACACAGCGAAUGAUACUGACUCAGGAAGAGAUGGAAGAAGUUGUUCUAAAGAGGUGCUGGCUUGCACGAUAUUGGAUCUUGUGUGUUAAACAUGGUAUUCUCGCAGAGAUUGCUGGAGCAAGAUAUGAGUACUGGUCAUCCUUUGCUCCUCUACCUGUUGAAGUUGUAUUAUCCGCUGGACAGAGAGCUAAAGAUGAGAAUUCAUCUGUAAAUGAUGACGCAGAAGAAAGAGAGAGAGUUCUAAAAGAAGGAAGUGAACUUUCUGGAGAUGGAAAUAUUGAGAGUAUGCUUCUAGUUGAGAAAGGCCUUCGAGAACUGGCUUCACUAAAGGUUUCUGACGCACCCUUGGAAGUAGGGGAAGCAGUAGCUCUUGCCAUGGCUCAGCAACGUCGGACGAAUUUUAUGAAAUCAGAUGAAAUUAAACUAGCCGGCGAUGGAAAUCUUGAAGCAUUUGAAUUGAGCCAGGAGGAGUCCGAAGACGUGCGAUUCAAGCAGGCCUGGCUUACAUAUUUCUGGAGAAGAGCCAAAAACCAUGGUCUGGAACCCGACAUAGCAGAAGAACGUUUGCAAUUCUGGAUCAACCACAGCAGUCGGUAUUCCUCGUCACACGAUGCAGUCGAUGUUGAGCGCGGACUCAUGGAGCUCAGGAAAUUAGGCAUUGAGAACCAACUAUGGCAAGCAUCCCGAAGAGGGCUCGAGGUUGACUCCAACUCGAAGGCCAAUCUUGAGUCCGACUUCUGAUGUAACGUUCAAGCUGUUGUCUGACACAGUACUCAUUGCAAUUGGGAAAUCUCCUCUGCAUGUUCAUAUCAGCUACCUGAUAAUUUUCUUUAAUGCUUCAGAUUGGGAGCUAUUCAUCUCCAACUACCUUAUUCUUGGCUCCAUACUUCCACAGUUCCACUCAUGUAAAUUUUCUAUGGCAACGAGACAUAACUGUAACCAAAUACA